AUGCUAUGGAUUUAUUACCUUCUCGUUUUAUUGAGUUCGCUUGCUUCAUGUUUUCCCACCACAAAAGGGAAAGAAGGAUUGGCGGAAUUACUUUCCGAAAAUCAAGUUUUGUCUGACAAUGAUAUCAUAAGGAAUAUCGUUAAUGAGUUGAAGUCUCUCUCUUCUGGGAAUCUUUCGGUCUGUGAUCAAUGUACGACAAGGUUGGCUAUAGGAAAAUCAUUAAGUAUACUCAAGCCUGACUUAGUUUCUCCAGUUUUUACACAAUGGUGCAUUGAUACUGCUUACUGGUCAAACUCCACCUGUAUAUCUACUUUCAGUCGGAACACAGUGGACUCAAGUUAUACUGGCACAAAUUUCGGUCACAUGCUUUCACUGAUGGAUCCUUUUGGCUAUGAUGGUCAAUUAUAUUGUCACUUUAAAGAAUCAGGUCAAUGUCCAAAGCCAUUAACACCUAACGUCACUCUUUCAGACAAGUGGCCUCCAAAGCAACCAAAGCAUAAUGUGGCACCUGAACCUAGCUGGAAUGACACAUUUAAUGUUUUGCACAUCUCGGAUUUUCACGUGGAAUUAGAUUAUACUGUAGGGAGUGAAGUAAACUGUACAAAUAGUAUGUGCUGUACUCCUCAUUCUAAAAAUAAGUUUGCACGGAAGACUGAGAGCAUCACUGAAGGUUCAUUAAAUUCAUUCUACAAUUCAAGCUAUAUUGACGAUACUUUUGUUAAAGGUAGUUAUAUCGAUGUGUUUAAAAACACUUCAGUGUGGACACCUGCAACUACUUUUGGAUCUUACAACUGCGAUGCUCCAGAAAUCUUAAUCAACUCAUCGAUGAACUCUAUUGUCGAAUACAUGGAGAAGAACUCCUUAAAUUAUGAUUUUGCAAUUUUCACAGGGGACCUUCUCGAUCAUGACGAAAUAAAGUACACUAGCUAUGAUUUAACAGUUGAGUCUGAAGAGUUAGUCUUUAGGGAUAUGAAGGCAAAGCUGAAAAAUAUGCCGGUUUACCCGGUAUUGGGGAAUCAUGACAUGUUUCCAUAUGGUGAGCUAGCCCAAGAAAACCACGGAUUUUCAAAUUUGUUCACAUGGAAUGAUGAGCUAAUGGCUGACCUAUGGCAGCAAUAUGGUUGGAUUGAUUUUAAGGCAUCUAAAUAUGCAAGAAAGCAUUAUUCAGGAUAUUCAGUUGAAACAAAACGGGGAUUGAAGAUUAUUUCAUUGAACUCUAAUACUUGGUACUGGAAAAAUCACUAUGCAUACUGGAAUGCAUCUCAACCUGAUACGUUUGGUCAGUUCGAAUUUUUAAUUAACGAGCUAGUAGAGAGUGAGGAAAAGGACCAAAGGGUAUGGAUUGUCGCUCAUAUACCAUUUGCAACGGACUCGCUACCUCUACCAGCAAACUUAUUUGUUGAGAUUGUUGAGAGGUUUUCUCCUUAUACGAUUGCCGGAAUCUUUUUUGGGCAUACUCACUUAGAUCAGUUUGAGGUUCUGUACUCAGGGUCCGGUAAGGACUCUAAGACUAUAGAAAAUGUCUUGAACCAUGCGUGGAUCUCGCAAGCAAUUACGCCAUGGAUACAAAAUAACCCAUCUUGGAGAUAUUAUACUGUGGAUAAAAAAACGUUCUCAAUUAUGGAUGCCUACAAUUUCUAUACAAAGUUGAAUGAAACCUAUACUAACGAAGGGUCUGAACCAAUUUGGGAGUUUGAAUACUCUUCAAGAGAAGGUUAUAACAUCGACUGGCCCAAAACGUCACCACUGAAUGGUACUUACUGGCAUUUAGUGGCUGAGAAAGUGAGAAACUCCCCCAAAUAUAGGCAAAUCUAUAGAAAUUACGCGAUGAGAUUUUCUCCUUUUGUGCCUAAUUGUUUUAAUUCGACAGAUUGUGAGAAUGACUACUGCGUUUUGACUUCCUUUACAGUUGAUGAAUAUCAGGAUUGUAUUGAAAAAUAA